AUGAGCCACCAGCAACAGCCUCCUCCACCCCCUCAGCCACCACCCCCUGUAUUCUUCCCCUCCCUCUAUGACCGAACUACCCAAAGCACUAACCUAACCGAUUGUGCUCUCUGGCGGAAACUUUUUGUCCCAUUGCGAGGAGGGGAAACAGCACCAGCUGGGCCUCAGCGCCCUCCACCUGGGCUUGGGUUAUUUCCACUCACCAGCGAACGUUGUUGCCCCCCUCCCUGGCCAGCUGGCCUAGCUCCCAUUCCCUAUGAGCCUUUGCGCUUCUUCUGCCCUGCUUCAGAGAGCAAUGAGGCAUACCAGCAACAACAACCAGAUGGGGAAAUCUGUGAGCUUGGCAUCCGUCUGAAGGAGUUGGAACUGCUGGCCCUCACAGGAGAUGGCUCUGACCCACAGCAGUAUAAGCUUCUGAAGGCACUAAAAGAUGAAAAGUCACAAGAUGAAAUGACAAGACUGACCCUGAAGAAACAUUCACCUAUAUCAUGA